CCAAGCCCCACCCCCUGACAAGCCUAAGGGAGGGGAAAGGGACUGUACCACUUUCAGAAAGAGACUAUACCACUUUGACUCAGCAGGAGAAGUUGUUUGAUGAAGGUGAUGAAUACCUGCCCUUCACCAGCAGACUACACCCAGCUCUUCAGACUGAGGCGUCACUGACAAAGCUCCAUGCCAUCAUCAAGUGCUUUUGUGUGGCGGCAAUGUACCGGGUUCCCAAAGCUGCCCCCAAACUAAGCACCGAGCUCAGGCAAACUACAGGGAGAAGAAUUGGGUGUUCUCCUCACCAACCCACCCAAGAGGUACACGGAGGAGGGUGCAGAUAAGAUCUGCCCAGACAGCCAUUUUGGGAAAUGGCCUCUGAGGAGAAGCUUGCCUCACUCAAAGAGAAGAGGCACCCUGAGGUAGACCUUCUAAGCACCUCCAAGCAGCUCCAUCCAAUGGAAAGCUCAUCACAGGAUUCUGGAAAGUCAUUGGGUUCCAACUCUUCUGAUGGGCUCCACCCAUCUCCACACAGCCUUUUCCCACCAGCCCAAUCAACCUUCCCUGACAUACCUCAGGACCAAGAAGUGCCUUCUUUGAAGCCUGUCAGGCGCUUCAUUCCUCCAUCUUGGAAGAACUUUUUCCAGAGGUGGCGGAGACAGCCCUGGACAGAGAUUUCUCUUUUGACCUAUGCUCCAGAAGGCUUAAAAUGCUCCCCACCAGUGUCUCCAUUUUCAGAGCACCCCCAGAGAACUAUUUUUGAUGGGGAGGGGAGCUCCAGUGAUGACAACACUGAUAGCGGUGGUGAUUUUAAGAAACCCCUCUCAGCCUCCACCGCCCCUUCAAAGUCUGAGAAGGUGAUGACUGCUGCGAGCCAGGGUGCCUUGUCAAGUGGCCCUCCAAGCUACAAGGAGAAGGCGGAGGCCUAUGACUACAAAUAUUCCUACAUGAAGUCGUGGCCUGGCCUCCUAAGGCUGAUGGGUGGCCUGGAGCUGAUCUUGGGUGGGAUGGUCUUUGCUUGCACUGCAGCUUAUAUCCAGAAGGACUAUCAGUGGCCUGAACUUUAUGGCAACAGUUUUCUGCCUUACAACAGCAUCAUGGGAGGAGGUUAUGGGUACAACUACUACGGCCCAAUGACCCCGUUUGUGUUGGUGGUGGCCAGCCUGGUGUGGUUGGUGACAGUGAUCCUGCUAGGCCUCGGCGUCACCAUGUACUAUAGGACCAUCCUCCUUGAUUCCCAUUGGUGGCCCUUGACAGAGUUUGGCCUCAACCUCAUCAUGUUCCUCCUGUACAUGGCUGCUGCCAUUGCCUACGUCAACGAUGUCAACCGCGGGGGGCUGUGCUACUCCAUCUUUGCCAACAACCCGCUCAUCGUAGCUUUGUGCCGCAUCGAAGGGGGGCAAGUGGCCGCCAUCACCUUCCUCUUCAUCACUACGUUGCUCUAUCUGGCUGGCUCCGUCAUCUGCCUCAGAAUGUGGAGGCAUCAAGCUUUCAAGAAGAACACAGUCCUUCUGGCCAGGUUUACAACCUGUGAAGCACCUUCUGGCCAUGCUUCCAUCCCUUCUUCUCAGCGAAAACCGAUCCUCUUACGAGGCGCAACUGAGCAAGUCAUCUCCCAGGAGAAAGCUCAGCCAGCAUGGAAAGUCUCGAGGCGCGUGGAGUUCUCAGAGAAGGGCGAGGACCCUGAGCUAUUGAACUACUCCAUCCCAACGGGUCAUAACCCCAAACCUCACAUCGUCCCUGAUUACAUUAUAAAGUACCCAGCCAUUACGUGCCCGGAUGACCUGGAGAGAUACAAAGCCGUCUUCAACGACCAACACGCGGAAUACAAGGAGCUGUACGGCGAAAUCCAGGCCGCGCUGCGGAAAUUCAAGGCCCUGGAGGCCGCGCUGUCGACGCUGCCUCGACGCUACGGGACUAGGAAGGACGAGAGUCGAGCCUCCGCCGUGUGGAAAAGGUACCAAAGCAAGAAGCAGGAUCCAACUUUCCUUGAGAAGCAAGAGCGCUGUGAUUAUCUCAAGAGGAAGCUCACCCACAUCAAGGCGCAGAUACAAGCCUACGAUCGAGAGGCCGGCAAGGGGUCCGUGUACUUCUGACUAAGCGCCCCCCCAAAGGGCAGUAUGUGAUGAUGAUGGCUGGACUGGAAAUGUCUUAAGAGUAAAGGGGCGAAACUGUUUAACAUUCCCUGUUGAUGGGGCUUGCGGUGAUAAUAACUGCUCGACCUGUCCCUCUGUAUAUAAAACGCUUAUUAGCUCUGCCCCUUGCUCCUUACUGCCUCGUAACCUGGGACUCACUGCCAGGGAGCUACAGCCCUUCCUGUAGAAAAUAAAGCAGGAUGCUGGUCCUCAUGGUGUGAACAAAGGGCUGGUUUAAACAGGAACACAGAAAGCUGCUUCAUACCAAAGCAGACCAUUGAUCCAUCUAGUUUGGCAUUGUCUCUAGUCACUGACCAGCAGCAUCUCUCCAGGGUUCCAGACACAUGUUUUUUUUCCCAGCCUCUGCCUUGGGAUUGAAUCCUGUAGCUCUGUGGCAGAGCAUCUGCUUUGCAUGCAGAAGGUCCCAGGUUCAAUCCCCACCUCCAGUUAAGGCUGUGAAAAGACCCCUCCCUGGAACCCCUGAGAUCUGCUGCCAAUCAGUGUUGACAAUACUGAGCUAAAUAGACCAAUGGUUUGACUUGGUAAAAGGCAGCUUCCUAUUUAAAUCAGCCUUUUAUUCAGAAUGGUGAGGACUAGAAUCUUACUUUAUUCUAAAGAGUAGGACUUUCUCUGUUAAAGGAAGGUCAGCCUCUCUCUAUAUAUUUUUCCUGUGUUUGUGAAGUCUCAGGAGUUGCUGGAGGAAUGGUUAAAGGACAUCCGGCAUUUUUCAGCCUUUGAGAAAAUCCAUCCCCUUGGCGGAAAGCUCUUGCGGCGUCCAUUCCCAGCCUGCCAGAUUCCUCCUGCAGUCUUCAAAGCCUGUGCCCCGCAGAGAGCCCACAUUCCAGCCUUGAAGGCACGGAGGUUAUGGAGCCCUGGAUGACCUUGGCAGCCCUCGACAUCCACGCAGGGCCUCCUUUCGUACCGAGAGGCCCAACAGCAGGGCAACGCCUUGGCUGCUGCCUCCGUUUGGGCAUAGCAGGUCACACCAAGGCCUGAUUCCACAUUGGCAGUCCUUUUCCCUAAAACGGACUUGGUUCGUGUUCCCAAAUGGAAAAUUCUACUGAAGGGGCCAUAGCCCCUGCAAAGCCAUAGCUCAGUGGUGGAGCACCUGCUUUGGCAUGCAGAAGGACCCAGGUUCGGUCCCCAAGUAGGGCUGGGAAUGUCCCCCCAGGUGAAACCCGGGACAGCCAAGUGUCGACAAGAGAUUGGUCUGACUUAGUACAAGGUAGCUUUAUUUAUAGCCAUGAGGACUGGAAACUUGCUUCACAUUUUACAGGGGAAACCGUAGCUCAGUGGUAGGGCAUCUGCUUUGCACGCAGAAGGUCUCACGUUCGGUCCUUGGCAUCUCCAGGUAGGGCUGGGAAAGACCCCUGUUUGAAUCCUAGAGAGCCACUGCCAGUCAGUGUUGGCAGUAUUGAGCUAGAUGGACUGAUGGUAUGACUCAGUAUAAGGCAGUUUCCUGUAUUCCUACUUAAAUCAACCCCUUUUUCAGAACCUUGAGAACUGGAAUCUUAGUUUAUUUUUGGAGUAUGUGCCACAGUUGGCAGCCACAGUUUGAAUGCUUUCCACCUCUGUUUUAUUCCACUUGAAAUUAGACGUGCCCCUGCCUGCCUGUGAUUAAAACUAAGACGAGCCUGCUGGAUCGGGCCAGUGGCCCAUCUAAUCUAGCAUCCUGUUCUCACAGUGGCCAACCAGACGCCCCGAAAGGAAGCCCACAAGCAGGCAAUCUCUGUUCUUUUCCCGUUGGAAGGUUGUUCUGCUUUUUUAUUGCUUUCUGUGUUGGCCUGGAUUUUGUAUUGCUUGUUUUUUCAUUUGGGAUUAUAGCUGUGUUUAACUGUAGCUGCAUUUUAUCUUUUUUCUUUAAUCUGCCCAGGGGUCGUUGUUAAUUGGGAGGAGGUAGACUGCAACCAAACAUGGAAGUUCCACUUGCCUAUCCAUUUAGACCUUUCCCUAGGAUUUGUCUAGUGGUGUUUUAAGGCUGCAGCCCCAUAACCCACUUGCCUAGGAGUAGAGAUGGGGGAGAAAUGUGAUUCACUUGGCCUUGACAGGCGAGUCAACCUAAUAUGCGCUUUCUGAAACAGUUCCCCAAGCACAAAACACUGCUCUGAAUUUUGCAGUUCAGUUCUUCAGCCAAGCAAUGUGUAAAGGGUGUGUUCAAAUGUUUACAUUAGUAUAAAUAACCUACAAAAAGGUGCCAUGGUAAGGAAAAGUCCACAGAAAUGUGUAUAUUAGACAAAAUUGCAUACAAACUAGAAUACUUAUGAAUUUUUUUAAAAGAGGGACUUGCUUUAAAAAAACAAUCAAGCUUAAGAUUGGAAAAAUGAAUUGGAGAAAUCAAAAUGGAUAGAUUCGCCCAUCACUACCUAGGAGUAAGCCUCAUUGAACUCAAUCCCACUUCCUUCUGAGCUGACAGCAGAAAUAGCUUGCACUGUGAGAGCCUUGUGUAGUUUUGAGUUGCUGUUUUCAAACGAUUUUUACUAUUUUGUAGCUUCACUUCAAUCCCACCCCUAGCCUAGCUGUUUUAGGUCAUUGUGGUCAUACUGGUUUGUUUUUUUGAACUUUUGUAUUUUGAUUUACAUUAAAUAAAUU